CGCACGGCACGCCUUCCUAACAUAUUGACAUCGAAAUUUGGCGCGAUGCCAAUGUCGUGUGUCGCGUACGGCUGCAGUUCACGUGACAGUCCCAGCAGGACAGUGCGGUUUUUCCGAUUUCCGUCGGUAAAACGAGAUCGACAGCGCCGUGAAGCCUGGAUUAGGGCUGUGAAGCGGCAAGAUGCGCAAGGGCGUCCAUGGCAGCCGUCAGCAGCAUCUCGACUCUGCGGGAAGCACUUUGUGACAGGGGCACCUUCACUGUCACCCAGACAUCCGGACUUCAUACCGACGCUGUUCGUGUAUACAGACCAGUUCAGAAAGAAGGACGCGGUCGACCGCCAUGUUCGUACCGCGGCGCGUUCCAAGAGGAAAACAGGCGCUCCACCAACAGCAGGUACAGAGGUUUCAGGUCAAGGAGGAACUUGUAAAGGUCUCAGUGAUGGGGAACCAGACACGUCCUGUGUUCAGGGUGCAGACUCUUCAUUCGACGAGGAAGGAGCAGCUGAUGCACUCUUGCUGCUUGCAACAUCCCCAAUGCUCACUGAGCCACAGGAGGUCCUAGAGCCAACGCCCUUAAGCAGAGAGGAGAACACUGACCACCUAUUAACUGAAAAUGUGGCAUUACAACGGAAAGUCAGGGAUCUAGAACUGCAAUGCAGAAAGCUAAAACGCUGCACGUUUUCUGUGGAUACUAUUCACAAAUCGUCUUUUAAGUUUUAUACAGGACUGCAAAGUAAGGAACAGUUUGAAGCACUCUUUAAGCACAUUGAAAAAAAUGCAGAACGCAUGGUUUAUUGGGAUGGAGGAAAAACACAAGCAAAGGAAAGACAGCUCUCCAAGCGCGAAGAACUUUUCAUGGUGCUGUAUAGGCUCAGGACUGGUGUUUGUGCCAAGGAAGUGGCUCGAAUCUUUGGAAUUUCUCAGUCAUGCCUUAGUCGCAUCUUUUGUACAUGGGUAAUUUUUCUCGAUAAAGAGCUCUCAGCAUUGACAAGGUUUCCCACAUUAGCAGAGAUCAAAAGGCACAUGCCAAUGGCAUUCAGUGACUUCUCAAACACUAGAGUCAUCCGUUUCAUUUGUUUUGCACGCAUUGCCUCACCGCUCACCUGCCUAACCAGAGAAGAUGUCACGUUUGUGUGGGGCGAGGACCAGGAGGCGGCAUUUAACGAGUUGCGGCCCCGCCUGCAAACUCCGCCUGUUCUUGCCCACUUUGACGUGGAUGCCAGCAACGCGGGUCUAGGCGCCGUCCUUGUUCAGCG